ACAGAGUCACAAGAGAGCCUUCAUUCCAGAAGUGCUCCAGGAAUCAUGCUGGAGAAGUUCUGCAACUCUACGUUUUGGAAUUCUUCAUUCCUGGAUAGCCCAGAAGCAGACCUGCCACUUUGUUUUGAGCAAACUGUUCUGGUGUGGAUUCCCUUGGGUUUCCUUUGGCUCCUGGCCCCUUGGCAGCUUCUUCAUGUAUACAGAUCCAAGAUCAAGAGAUCAUCUAUAACCAAACUCUAUCUUGCUAAGCAGGUGCUUGUUGGGUUCCUUCUUAUUCUAGCAGCCAUAGAGCUGGUCCUUGUACUCACAGAAGACUCUGGACAAGCUACGGUCCCUGCCAUUAGAUACACCAAUCCAAGCCUUUACCUGGGCACAUGGCUCCUGGUUUUGCUGCUCCAACACAGCAGGCGAUGGUGUAUGCAGAAGGACUCGUGGUUCCUGUCUGUAUUCUGGAUUCUCUCAGUGGUCUGUGGCGUCUUCCAAUUUCAGACUCUGAUCCGGAUGCCCUUAAAUGGCAACAAUUCCAAUCUGGCUUACUCCUGCCUGUUCUUCAUCUGCUAUGCACUGCACGUCCUGAUCCUGAUCCUUUCAGCAUUUUCAGAAAAAGAUGACUCCUCAAAUAAUCCAUCAUUGACGGCCUCAUUUCUGAGUAGCAUUACCUUUAGUUGGUAUGACAGCACUGUUCUGAAAGGCUACAAGCAACCUCUGACACUCGAAGAUGUCUGGGAUAUUGAUGAAAAGAUUAAAACGAAGACCCUGAUCAGCAAGUUUGAAAAACACAUGGCAGGAGAGCUGCAGAAGGCCAGGAAGGUGGUCCAGAGACGACAGCGGGCGAGAGCGCAGGGGGAGUCCAGAGACAGGCUGCCUGGCUUGAACAAGAAUCAGAGUCAAAGCCGAGAUAUCCUUGUCCUGGAAGAAGUUAAAAAGAAAAAGAAGAAGUCUGGGACCACAAAAAACUAUCCCAAGGCCUGGUUGGUCAAGACUCUCUUCAAAACUUUCUACGUCAUAUUCUUGAAGGCCUUUGUACUGAAGCUGGUGCAUGACCUCUUCAUGUUUCUGAAUCCUCAGCUGCUGAAAUUGAUAAUCUCCUUCGCAAAUAACCGAGACACCUAUGUGUGGACUGGAUAUCUCUAUUCAGUCCUCUUCUUUGUUGUGGCCCUCAUCCAGUCUCUCUGCCUUCAGAAUUACUUUCUACUGUGCUUCAUCCUGGGAGUAAAUGUGCGGUCAACCAUCAUGGCUUCCGUAUAUAAGAAGGCGCUGACCCUAUCCAACCAGGGCAGGAAGCAGUACACCAUUGGAGAAACCGUGAACCUGAUGUCUGUGGAUGCCCAAAAGCUCAUGGACGUGACCAACUUCAUCCAUUUGCUGUGGUCAAAUGUUCUACAGAUUACUUUAUCUAUCUACUUCCUUUGGGCAGAGCUGGGACCCUCAGUCUUAGCAGGUGUUGGGGUGAUGGUACUUCUAAUCCCAAUUAAUGGGAUACUUGCCACCAAGAGUAGAGCUAUUCAGGUAAAAAAUAUGAAGAAUAAAGACGAACGUUUAAAGACCAUGAAUGAAAUUCUCAGUGGGAUCAAGAUCCUGAAGUAUUUUGCCUGGGAACCUUCAUUCAAAAAGCAAGUCCAUGAACUUCGGAAGAAAGAGCUCAAGAACCUGCUGACCUUGGGGCAGAUGCAGUCUUUAAUGAUGUUUCUCUUAUACUUAACUCCAGUCCUGGUGUCUGUGAUCACAUUUUCAGUUUACACUCUGGUGAAUAGCAAUAAUAUUUUGGAUGCGGAAAAGGCCUUCACCUCCAUCACCCUCUUCAAUAUCCUGCGCUUCCCCCUGGGCAUGCUUCCCAUGGUAAUCAGCUCCAUGCUCCAGGCCAGCGUUUCCACAGAACGCCUAGAAAAGUACUUGGGAGGGGAUGACUUGGACACAUCUGCCAUUCGACGUGACCACAAUUUUGACAAAGCUGUGCAGUUUUCAGAGGCCUCCUUUACCUGGGAUCGGGAGAUGGAAGCCACAAUUCGAGAUGUGAAUCUGGACAUUAUGCCAGGCCAGUUGGUGGCUGUGGUGGGCACUGUGGGUUCUGGGAAGUCUUCCUUGAUGUCAGCCAUGCUGGGAGAAAUGGAAAAUGUCCAUGGGCACAUCACCAUCAAGGGCACGAUAGCCUAUGUCCCACAGCAAUCUUGGAUCCAGAAUGGCACCAUAAAGGACAACAUCCUUUUUGGAUCCGAGCUGGAUGAAAAGAGAUACCAACAGGUUCUUGAGGCCUGUGCCCUCCUCCCAGACCUGAAAGUGCUGCCUGGAGGAGACCUGGUUGAGAUUGGAGAGAAGGGUAUAAAUCUCAGUGGGGGUCAGAAGCAGCGGAUUAGCCUGGCCAGAGCUACCUAUCAAAAUUCAGACAUCUAUGUUCUGGAUGACCCCCUCUCAGCCGUGGAUGCUCAUGUGGGGAAACAUAUUUUCAAUAAGGUCUUGGGUCCCAAUGGCCUAUUGAAAGACAAGACUCGACUCUUGAUUACACACAGCAUUCACUUUCUUCCCCAAGUGCAUGAGAUUGUGGUUCUGGGGAACGGCACCAUCCUGGAGAAGGGACCCUACAGCACUCUGCUGGCCAAUAAAGGAGUGUUUGCUAAGAUUCUGAAGACAUUCACAAAACGGACGGGUCCUGAAGGAGAGGCCACAGUCAAUGAGGACAGUGAAGAAGAAGAUGACCAUGGGCUGAUGCCUAGUAUGGAGGAAAUCCCUGAGGAAGUGGCCUCCUUGACCAUGAAAAGAGAGAAUAGCCUUCAUCGGACACUUAGUCGCAGUUCUAGGUCCAGUAGCAGGCACCGGAAAUCCCUAAAAAACUCUUUGAAAACUCAGAAUGUGACUACCCUGAAGGAGGAAGAAGAACUAGUAAAAGGACAGAAACUAAUUAAGAAAGAAUCUGUACAAACUGGAAAGGUGAAGUUGGCCAUCUACCUGAAAUACCUGCAAGCCAUGGGAUGGUGUUUGAUAUUCUUCAUCAUCGGUGCCUAUGUGACCAAUUCUGUAGCUUAUAUUGGAUCCAACCUCUGGCUCAGCACUUGGACCAAUGACUCUAAAAUGUAUAAUGGCACUAACUAUCCAGCCUCUCAGAGGGACCUGAGAGUUGGUGUCUAUGGAGCUCUGGGAGUAGCACAAGGUGUGUCUGUGCUCCUAGCAAAUCUUUGCAGUGCCUAUGCUUCCACUCACGCCUCAAACAUCCUUCACCAGCAACUGCUAAACAAUAUCCUUCAAGCACCCAUGAGUUUUUUUGACACAACACCCACAGGCCGGAUUGUGAACAGGUUUGCUGGUGAUAUCUCCAUGGUGGAUGACACCCUCCCCAUGUCCCUGCGAAGCUGGAUUCUGUGCUUCCUGGGAAUCAUCAGCACCCUGGUCAUGAUCUGCACCGCCACUCCCAUCUUUGUCAUUGUCAUCAUUCCCCUUGGCAUCAUUUAUACAUCUGUGCAGAUGUUUUAUGUGGCUACUUCCCGCCAGCUGAAACGUCUGGACUCUGUCACCAGGUCCCCAAUCUACUCUCACUUCAGUGAGACUGUGUCAGGUUUGUCUAUCAUCCGUGCCUUUGAGCAUCAACAGCGAUUUCUAAGACAUAAUGAGGUGGGGAUUGAUACCAACCAGAAGUGUGUCUUCUCCUGGAUUGUCUCCAACAGGUGGCUUGCAAUCCGUCUGGAGUUGGUUGGGAACCUGAUUGUCUUCUUUGCAUCCCUGAUGAUGGUUAUUUAUAGAGCUACACUAAGUGGAGACACUGUGGGCUUUGUUCUGUCCAAUGCACUUAAUAUCACACAAACCCUGAACUGGCUAGUGAGGAUGACGUCAGAAAUAGAGACCAACAUUGUAGCUGUUGAACGAAUAAAUGAGUACAUCAAAGUGGAAAACGAGGCACCCUGGGUGACUGAUAAGAGGCCUCCUCCAGGUUGGCCUAGCAAAGGGGAGAUCCAGUUUAACAACUACCAAGUACGGUACCGACCCGAGCUGGACCUCGUACUGGACGGGAUCACUUGUGACAUUAGGAGUACGGAGAAGAUUGGUGUGGUCGGCAGGACAGGAGCUGGGAAGUCAUCCUUGACAAAUGCCCUCUUCAGAAUCCUCGAGGCUGCAGGUGGCCAGAUCAUCAUUGAUGGGGUAAAUAUUGCUUCCAUUGGGCUCCACGACCUCCGAGAGAAACUGACCAUCAUCCCCCAGGAUCCUAUCCUGUUCUCUGGAAGCCUGAGGAUGAAUCUAGAUCCUUUUAACAACCACUCAGAUGAGGAGAUUUGGAAGGCCCUGGAGCUGGCUCACCUCAAAUCCUUUGUGGCUGGCCUGCAACUUGGAUUGUCCCACCAAGUGACAGAGGCUGGUGACAACCUUAGCAUAGGGCAGAGGCAGCUGUUGUGCCUGGCCAGGGCCCUGCUUCGGAAAUCCAAGAUUCUGAUCAUGGAUGAGGCCACUGCUGCGGUGGAUAUAGAGACUGAUCACCUGAUCCAGAUGACCAUCCAAAAGGAGUUCUCCCACUGCACGACUAUCACCAUUGCUCACAGGCUCCACACCGUCAUGGACAGUGACAGGAUAAUGGUCCUAGACAAAGGGAAGAUUGUAGAAUAUGGCACCCCUGAUGAACUGCUGACAAAUUCCGGCCCGUUUUAUUUGAUGGCCAAAGAAGCUGGCAUUGAAAAUGUGAACAGCACAUCAUUCUGACAGUAGGUGCCAUGGGCUGGAGAAGGAAGGAUUAUUCCUUAUUUUUUAAGAAAGCUAUCACAUAGAAUUAUGUGAAAUGUACCUUUUAAAGAAGGCUAUUACAGCUUUUGUGAACCUACUUUGUAACUAUUAUCCUGAAUUUUGUGGUAAUUACAUCUUCCUGCCUUUCAUUUUAGUUCUACUACUUGGUAUGUAUCCUUGAACAAGGUAUACUUUUUAAUUUAUGUAAAUGACCUCACUCAUAUUUGACAUAUUCUGUUUUUGAGAUUCAUGCAUGUUGAUGCACAUAGUGAGGCUGGUUCUUUCUCACUGCUCUGAAGUAUGGCAGUAUGUGAUUGACACUGUGUAUCCAUUAAAAUUUUUUUUGUUAUU